UAAAUUACAACUAUGUAAAGUAUGGAUUACGCGUCUUAAAAAAUCUAUUGUUGCACGUUCCAUUCGCAUGUAUUACAAUUAUUUAAAUAAUCCGUAUUUGAAUGUUACAAUUGUUUUCGCUUAUUAUACAGUAAUCGUGAACAAAUGGCACCGAAACCUUUCAAAAACUUUUUAGCCAAGAAUCAAGUGUACAACAUUUCCAGCAGUGUUGAAGGAAAUAGAACGAAGCGGCAAACUUCACAGAGAGAAGUGUACGAUGCUGAUUUUGAGACAGCCAUAUCAGCGACAAAAUUUGGGAAAUUCAAUAUUUUUCUCUUCCUGCUGUCGAUUCCUGCCGGAUGGACGUCGAUGUUUGAAACCACAACGAUGUCUUACGUCUUUCCUGCUGCUCACUGUGAUUUAGACUUGUCUCUGACCGACAGAGGGUCUUUAAAUGCCAUCACAUUCGUAGGGAUGGUGUCAAGUGGGUUUGUUUGGGGCUUUCUCUGCGACACCCUUGGGCGAAAGAAACUGAUGGUGGUCGGCUAUUUACUAGACGCUUGUUUUGUAAUACUCUCCUCUUUCUCACAAAAUUUUACUUUGCUCCUCAUUUUCAAAUUUUUUGGGGGCUUUAUAAUUAAUGGUCCCUUCGCAGCACUGACUGCUUAUUUAUCGGAAUUUCACUGUUCCAAGUACCGAUCAAGGGUCCAACUAGUUCGAGGGAUGAUAGUCAGUGGUGGAUCACUAACUUUACCUAUGUUGGCAUGGGCCAUUUUGCCCCAACACAUUGACUUAAAUAUUUACAACAACAAAAUAGUGUUACAUUCAUGGAACAUUUUUCUCCUGGUGUGUGCCAUACCUUCGCUGAUUAGUGGAAUCAUUUUCAUGUUUUUGCCAGAAAGUCCGAAAUUUUUAAUGACUGUUGGACGCAACGACGAAGCUUUGGAGGUUUUUAGAAAGGUUUACAGUUUCAAUACUGGGAAAAGUAGUAACGAUUUUCCGAUCAAAAGAUUGAUAGACGAAACUAAAACCGAAAAUAACGGUAAUGAACAUGGGGGUCACAUUACUGCCAACAGGACUAAAAGUCAAGCACUAAGAGAGGGUUUCCAACAAAUUAAACCCUUAUGUUACCCUCCUCACUUGAAACAUAUAAUUCUAGUGUGUUUAAUACAGUCGUUGUUUAUGUUAAGUGUUAAUACGUUAAGGCUGUGGUUACCUCAAAUAUUUCAAUCAAUCAGCGACUAUAAAUAUUACAAUAACGGAACUACGAGUAGUCUUUGUAACAUGUUACAAGUCCUAACUCCAAAAGAAUCAAAUACCACAUGUCAUGUCAACUUCUCUCCUACAGUUUACAUGAAUACCAUGAUAAUUGCAGCAGUGUCAAUUUGUGGGUACUUUGUUGCCGGCACUUUCAUAAACAAAUUGGGCAAGAAAUUGCUUUUAGGCACGUUUUCAGUUGCAAGUGGACUUUGUGUGAUUUCCAUCUAUUUCUCACAAAACACUGCCACAGUAGUGACCCUCUCAUCACUGUUUUUAUCACUAGGAGGAAUUUGUGGAAACGUUCUCAUAACCAUUGUUAUUGACUUAUUCCCAACAUCGCUGAGGACUGUAACAAUAUCGCUGGUGAUGAUGUUAGGGCGCUCUGCUUCAAUGGUUGGCAAUUUAAUUUUUCCGAUUUUGUUGACUUUAGGUUGUGCACCGCCCUUUUUAUCUAUUGGGUCGGUUGUAAUCGGAUGUUCUCUACUCACUGUGCUUUUGCCAAAUACGGAUCUGAAAGCUCUGAAAUAAAUACGAGUAAAUGUAUGUGAUGUGAUAAUUUUUAUUAUUUAAUAAAUUCUAAAAAAAUA